AUGCCCACCAUCUCCGUCGACAAGGCUGCCCUCUUCAAGGCACUGGGGAGAGAUUACACGACCGAAGAGUUCGACGAGUUAUGUUUCGACUUCGGUAUCGAGCUGGACGAGGACACCUCGUUGACAGAACGACCGAUCGUUGACGGCGUGCAAGAGCCGCCACAGCUGAAAAUCGAAAUCCCUGCCAACCGAUAUGACAUGUUAUGCUUCGAAGGUAUCCAACUUAUGCUGAACAUCUUCAACCGGAAAGUCGAGGCACCCAAGUAUGUGCUGAAGGCGCCGCCACAGGGAGAGCUGCAGACGAUUACAGUCAAGAAAGACACGGCCAGAAUACGGCCGUAUGUCUCGGGAGCAGUUCUACGCAACAUCAAAUUCGACCAAGCACGAUAUGCCUCCUUCAUUGACUUUCAAGACAAACUCCAUCAGAACCUUGCCCGACAGAGAACCCUCGUAUCCAUCGGCACGCAUGACCUGGACACCAUCAAAGGCCCGUUCACAUACGAAGCACUCCCCCCCAAGGAUAUCAAAUUCGCUCCUCUCAACCAGACCACGGAAAUGAACGGUGAGCAGCUGAUGGAUUUCUACGACAAAGACAAACAUCUCGGCAAGUAUCUGCACAUUAUUCGAGACUCCCCGGUCUAUCCUGUCAUCUACGACUCCAACCGCGACGUGUGCUCCUUGCCGCCUAUUAUCAACGGCAAUCUCAGCAAAAUCACUCUCGACACGAAAAAUGUUUUCAUCGAGGUCACAGCCACGGACAAGACGAAACUGGAGAUCGUCGUCAAUAUAGUUGUAGCCAUGUUCUCGCAAUACACCGCGGAGCCGUUCACCGUCGAGCCUAUACAAAUUGUAUCUGAGCACAACGGUGAGUCUAGACAGGUUCCCGACCUCACCCCUCGUGCGACACAAGCAGAGUUAGACUACAUCAACGGCUGUAGCGGACUGUCUCUCAGCGCUCAAGACGUCUGCACGCUGCUCACCCGCAUGAGUUACACGGCGCGCCCAUCCAAGUCCAAUCCGAACCUGAUUGACGUCGACGUCCCCAUUACCCGUGCCGAUGUGCUCCAUCAAGCCGACAUCAUGGAAGACGUCUGCAUUGCGUACGGCUUCAACAAGCUGCCUCGCGCGUUCCCCAAGGUCGGCGCAACGGUUGCAGCUCCGCUCGCUGUCAACAAGUUGUCUGACAUCCUCCGCCUCGAAGCCGCGAUGGCAGGUUGGGCCGAGGUGCUACCCCUGAUUCUGUGCUCACACAACGAGAACUUUGGCUGGCUGAACCGCAAGGACGAUGGCAAGACGGCUGUGCGGCUGGCAAAUCCCAAAACAGCAGAGUACCAAGUCGUCCGCACCACGCUGCUUCCCGGCCUGCUGAAGACGAUCCGCGAAAACAAGCACCAUUCUCUACCCAUGAAGAUCUUCGAGGUGUCGGAUGUAGCGUUCAAGGACGAAUCGCUGGAGCGCAAGUCCCGCAACGAGCGCCAUUUCGCGGCCGCAUGGUACGGCAAGACCUCCGGGUUCGAGGUGGUCCAUGGCCUGCUGGACCGGGUGAUGGCCAUGCUGCAAACCGCCUUCAUUACCCACGAGGAAGGCCUGGAAAUCAAGAACGGGAACGCAAAGGGCAUGCAGUACUGGAUCGAGGAGCUGGACGACCCGACCUACUUUGCCGGCCACGGCGCAAGCAUACAUGCCAAUAUUGGAGGGAAGGAUAUUGUCAUUGGCACUUUUGGCAUUCUACACCCUACGGUGCUGGAGAAGUUUGAGCUCAAGUACCCGGUCAGUACGUUGGAGUUCAAUGUGGAAGUCUUCCUAUGA